AUGACCGCUCCCACCCCCACCUCCAACACCAUUCCGGCCGACGACCGUCGUAACCCAUCAUACUACGAGAUGAUGGCCGGCUACGAAAAGCCAAACCUGGAAUGGUAUAUGUCAGAAGAUGAGGAGGGCAAUCGAUCUAGGCCCAAAUUCACUAAGGAGAAUUUCGAUCUCGUGGGGAAGGUUGUCGGUUGGGUCAAGAAGCAUCAACUCUACCUAGAGGAGGGCCAGAUUCCGAACCUCCCUCGGAGAGCGACAUGGGUAUGGGGACCACAUCGCAAGUCG